AUGGCUAACUACCAGUCAUUUUUGCUAGCUGGCACUGGCACCUGCAAAUGUGUAAUAGCACUGGAGAAAGACAGGAAAGGACUGGGAAGUAACAGAGGCAGAUUGGUGGUGGGACAAAAAAAUAAACAUGGCACACAUCGUACUUGGUCCUUAAGCAAGCUUCAUUUCCUCAUCAACACUCCCCGCUCUCUGGUCGCCUUGCUCAGGCCAGUGACUGUUUUAUACCCAACAUGUUGUAGAACCCAAGUAGAACCCGCGUCUUGUGGCGAGACUGCUUCUCCCUUCAUCUUGGUUGGAGUCAAACACAACACUCUCGUUGGUCAGGCUGGCCUGGACGCCGCACUAGCGCGCCAAUCUAUUCUUGUUGAGAACGGUUCCGGCAUGUCGUCAUCGUUUGUGUUCAAUUCCAAGAGUUUGUAUAAGCCCACCAUUACUGCCAACUCUGUCUUCACCGAAGAGAAUGACCUCUUUACCUUCCGCGAGGAAAAACCAAAGAAAGUCCUGUUCAUGGAGAAGGCCGCGUUUGAGAGUUGCUGCAAUACAGCGAUUAUAGGUCAGCACCUCACCAUCAACUACCUCAACAGGCGUCUGGAGGCUGCUCAGAAGAUGGAGGAUGAGGAAGAAGCCAAGAUGAAGAAAGCUGAUAUCGCGAACCAAAUGGCGUGGCAGACGAAGGGCAUUGAAGUUUAUCAAAAGUUCCUCAUCAACGUCACCAGGGACUGGAAGGACAAAAGGAAUUGUAUCAUCGGGCAUGUCAUUUUGUCUCCACUCAUCUGCUUCGACUAUGGCGACGAAUGCUUCCUGAUGACUGGGCCAUCUUUGAAGUUUAUCCCUCUAUGA